UUCAAGUUGGACCAACUUUCUGAGGCUGUGCAUGCAACCAGGAGGAUCCCUCUUACUCAGCUUCAUCGUCAAUUUUGCUAUAGAGGAACCUUGCAUCAUGCUGAAGGAAGGCAGAGUUUGUGUGUUGAUCUUACCCUGUUGGACUUCCCCCUAAUGCAAGCAAAGGUGGUCUCAG